AUGCAGAACGAGAUCGCCCCACCAAGUCAGACAGUGAGGCACUCCCGGGAGCUGAGCUAUGCUGGUGCCAUCCUUCGGGACAGCUGGGUCCUGACAGACGUUGGCAUAACCCCUAGCAGUGCCAUCUGCUGCCUGCUGAAGGUAACGGGUGGAGGACAGAGGAGCCUCUUAAAGAAGAAGUUUCAGCGGGAGCCGGUGGUGCGUGUGUUCAGUGCCGUGACGGGGGAGACCCUCUCAGUCUCGGGCACUGUGUUUCUCCUGAGUACGUCUGUGGCCAGGCUCAUGACCCUGGUGUCCCAGCAGUGUGGGCUUCCCGUCAGCUCCUUCAGACUGAGCUCUCCCACCGGCCUGCAACUCUACGACUGCAACCGGCUGCACGACUACGCCAUUGACCUGGGGGCUACUCUACGGUUGGACACCUGGGAUGGGUGGGCGGAGUUCCUCAGAGGCUGCUUCCUGGGACACAGACUGACCGUCCAACGACACCUGUCUAGGGAGAGACCUGUGAUGAGGUUCCAGCUCCGGGUGGCACUCUACAUCGCUGCUUCUCUGGGCCACCUGGACCUGGCCGGCUGGCUGCUGGAGAGGGGGGUGCUUGUCAUUGAACCGGUGGGGGUUCACCCUUACCGUGAGUGGUGCCACCAGACGGCCCACCCCGACGUCACCAAGUGUCCCGCUGUCGCCUCCAUCGAGCGUGGCCAGCUCACCAUCCUCAAACUCUUUAUCGCCAGCAGCGUUCUGACCCUUGCCUGUCGGGAUCCCCAGGGUCGUGACCCCCUGAGGAUCGCCCUUCAGUACGGCCACAGGGAGUGUGUGAGUCACCUGGCCACCAAGCUGUGCUCUGUGGUGGUCCUCCCAGAUAUGGCCCUGCCCAUGCGGACAUACCUCCAGAUAAAGGGCUGGGUGAGGCUGGGGCAGAGGAGGACAGCAUCUAGGCACUGCAUCAGCCCCAACAGGGCUCCGUUCAGGACCAGGGUGGGCGACACGGUCCUGGUGGACGGCUUCACCCUCCCCAAGAUGUCCUCCAAGCCCAGGAGGAGUGAGGCCAAGGCGGGUAUCAGGGUGAUGUCCACAGCCUCUCGACGUUUGACCCCCAUCAACUGCCCAUCUCAUGUAUCCUGCCCGCUCCACGCCCUGGCAUCCCAGGAUAAACCUCUUCAACUACCGAAGCUACACCCUGUGGCCACGAGGGAUGAAAGAGAGAAGAAGAGGGGAUGUGGAGGGAAGGGAUGUGAGGAGGAUGAGAGUGGGGAUCAGAACAGCAACCAAUGGAGGAGCAGAGUCCCGCUCCCACCCAUUUCCAGAGACACCAAUCUCAGACCUGUGUUUGCCUCACCAAACUCCGCCCAGAUCCUCACCACCUCACUGGAGGCCUUUUCUCUCCACUGCGACCGCACACCCAGAGAAAACGCCAUAAACUGUUUGGCCUUGGCCAGGUUAGUCCAAGUUUAAAUGACAGCUACGGUGAAUAUGAAUAUAUAUAUAUACUUCUUUAAUCCUGAACGGCAAUCAGCAUUUACCAGUCAAUGGUUUUACCACUUCAUCACUGCCUAUGAUAUACCCUUAUCCUCCCUGAAUAGAUUUCAGUACAAACAAAUCAUGAGCCAACCAUCAUGCUUAGAAGGUACAUAGUAAAAUCAAAUCAACUCAAACUUUAUUUGUCACAUGCGCUGAAUACAACAAGUGUAGAUCUUUCCGUGAAAUACUUUACUUACAAGCCCUUAACAAACAGUGCAGUU